UGCACUAUUGAUAUACAAAUAUAUAUGCUUCCAUUCUCUACAACUCCACGCGCGGCUCCUUCUUACUCCAUCAAUCGAAUCUAACUUGGUGGUGAUAUACAAAUACUUCCUUUAAUUUCUGACCAAGUACGGCACCCGGGGAAUAUGAGAUCAAGUGGAGAAUACUUAGAAGGAAUGCUUGGUGACUAUGUUAAUGGCGGCAAAGCCAAACUCAAGACUCAGAAAAGCGGCUCCGCUCGGCUCGUCACGGCUCUUACAUGUCUCCAAUUUGCUUUCGCCGUUUACGCCACCUUCCUCCUCUACUACAUGAGCCCGUCUAUCGACUUAAGGACCCGACCUGAUUUUGCAUGGGCGACCCGAUUCGCUCAGAACUGGCGGAAACAAUUCGUCAUUCCUCCUCAUGUUCUGGGUCGCUACCAAGAAUCCUCCUCCCUCCAAACCCAACCCGAUAUUGGACCUGUAUUUAAACCCACCGAGGUCUGCGAGAGCGAGAAGAUCGAUUUCACGCAGAAGAAGUCAAACGACGCCGUCAUGAUCAAGCUGAAAAGAGAACUCUACGAAGAGGUUAUGGGGUACCAGACCAAAAGCCUCGGGUCCGAAACCCUGACCCAACUCCUGGCGAUGAAAUCCAAAUGGGAUAUUCGGGCCAACCCGGAAACCCGACCCAAAAUAACCAUCAUUCUGAACCAUUUCAAACGUAAAACGCUCUGUGCACAGCUGGAGGCGCUCCUCCACCAAACCCUACCGUUCCACAACGUAUGGGUACUGUCGUUCGGGAGCCCAAACGAAGCGUCGUUGAGGAGAAUAGUAGAGAGCUAUAAUGACACGAGGAUCAGCUUCAUCAGCUCGAGCUACGAUUUCAAGUACUACGGAAGAUUCCAGAUGGCUCUGCAAACGGAUUCGGAUCUGGUAUACAUCUUGGACGACGACAUGAUCCCCGGGAAGAAAAUGCUUCAGAUAUUGUCGCACGUGGCGGGAAGCGACAAGUAUAAGAAUGUCGUUUUGGGAAGUAUUGGGAGGAUAUUGCCAUUUAGGCAAAAGGAUUUUACAUUCCCCAGUUAUAGAAAGUUCCGCUCCAAAGAAGCCGGCUUGUACUUACCCGACCCGGCUUAUGAUAUCACGGUUGACAAGAUUGUCCAGGUGGAUUUUCUUUCCAGUUCUUGGUUUUUAUCAGCUGAGCUUGUUAGAACUCUUUUCAUUGAGACUCCUUUCACUUUUGCCACCGGAGAAGACCUUCACCUUAGCUACCAGCUUCAAAAGUACAGAAACGCAGGCUCAUUUGUACUACCAGUUGAUCCAAACGACAAGGAAACAUGGGGUGACAGUGAACACAGGCUUGCCUAUGUUUCAGAAACCACAGUGAUUUUUAAGGACAUUGUUCAAGUGAGAGAUGAUCAAUGGUGGAAGGCACUGUCCACUGGUUACAUCACUCAGUGGGCUGCAAUGCACCCUCAAAAGAUUGAUGCACUCUUUUAUGCUCAUUCCAUGGAUGAAGUCAAAUCACUUUCACCUUUACUUGAAAAGUUUAGGUCAACUGUUGGUAAAAAGGCCUACAUUGCAGUCUCUGGAGGCAAAUUCUGCUCUUGUGAAGAUGCUGCAACUGCUCUCAAGUGGCCUAAGUUGGUCUGCAAGGAGAGAAGGUUUAAAAUUUUUGACUUGGAUGUGGGGGCGCUUUCAGGGAUAUCGAAUUCGGAGGUACCAGUAGUACAAGCUAUUUAUGCUAGUGUUAAGGGUUUGAUCAAAAUUCAUAACCCCAGUGUGGUUAUCACUGUGGCUGAUAUUGAUCCUAAUGUGAAGAAAGCUUUGAAAAUGGCUACUGAGACUAAUAUGAAUGGCACAACAUUGGUUCUUUUGCCAAGGCCAUCGAUUUCUAAGGUUCUUUGGAUGGCGGAUUUGCGAUCGACAGCUUUACCAAACUGGAACCGCAUGCGGGUAUCUGUGAACAUCAUCACUCAAAACCGAGCUCAGUCACUAACAAGGCUUCUUAAUUCUCUAAGUAAUGCCUACUAUCUUGGUGAUGAGAUACCUAUCAGCUUCAACAUGGACAGCAAAGUGGAUGAGUCAACUAUCAAACUUGUAAGCUCAUUUAACUGGCCUCAUGGCCCCAAAACACUCAGGAGGAGAAUCAUCCAAGGAGGACUGAUCCGAGCCGUCAGUGAAAGUUGGUACCCUUCAUCUGAUGAUGACUAUGGUCUCCUACUUGAAGACGACAUAGAAGUCUCUCCUUACUACUAUCUAUGGAUCAAAUAUGCUCUCUUAGCUUACCACUAUGACCCUGAAGUGCACUUUCCUGAACUCUCUUCUAUCUCCCUUUACACACCUAAACUUGUAGAAGUGGUGAAAGAACGGCCUAAAUGGAACCCUACUGAAUUCUUUGAGAAAAUCCAUCCAAACACUCCUUAUCUCCACCAGUUACCCUGCAGCUGGGGGGCAGUAUUCUUCCCUAAACAAUGGAGAGAGUUCUAUGUGUACAUGAAUAUGAGGUUUACAGAAGAUGCCAAGGCAAACCCAGUUCAGAUUCCCAAGUCCAGAACCAAUGGAUGGCAAGCUUCAUGGAAAAAGUUCCUUAUAGACAUGAUGUACCUCAGAGGCUAUGUUAGUCUAUAUCCAAAUUUCCCAAACCAGGCCAGCUUUUCAACCAACCAUAUGGAACCAGGAGCUCAUAUCAGCGCGAAAGACAACAUGGUUCGCCAUGACAAGACAGAUUUUGAGGUGCCAUUGUUGAAGGAAGACUUUAGAACUCUUUUGCCUAAUGGAAAAUUUCCUCCAGCUUCAAGACUUCCUUCUCUGAACCUGUUUAACCAGCCAAUUUCACUUAAGGGCCUCAAAGCAGCUGGAGCUAAGCUUGGCCAAGAUGUUCUUAAAUGUAACAAUGCUACAGAGAUAGUGGCUGUUAACCACCAAACGGGUCUUCCAGCUAGCUGUGCCAAAUUCUGAUCAUGAAAGUUUCAUAUGAAAAUUAUGUGAUUUAUUAAUUAUUCUUUUCUUUUUUAAAAAUGGUGAAAAAGGGGAAAUUGUUUUUUUUUUUUAAUUUUGUUGAUUAUUCUUGGUGGAGGGUUGGAGUUGAAUCUUGUAAGGUAAGUUCAAGAAAAGAGGAUAAUGGUUCUUGACUGUUACUUCUCUUCUCUUUAGGUAUCCAUGUAAGGAUAAAUGGAAAGGGGGUUGUGUAUUGUUUCGAUGCCAGCCAUAAGUGGCUUAAGCUCUCUUAAUUUUUUAAUGCAAAGAAAUUUUAGCUC